GGCGCUGCGUAGUUUUGACACCUCCUACUAGCCAUCUUCCGAUUCUGGUACAACACCCAAGGAGAACGAAGACGGGCGAAACAACGCGAAGUCUAUUUCUCUCAGGUAGGCUAUGGCUCGCGGGCAACAGAAGAUUCAAUCCCAGCAAAAGAACGCCAAGGCGGCGGCUGCUAAGAAGAAGGGAGCAGCAGCAGACCAGAAGACUGCAGCCAAGGCAGCACUGGUCCACACCUGUCCUGUCUGUAGGACGCAGAUGCCGGACCCGAAGACAUUCAAGCAGCAUUUUGAGAGCAAGCAUCCUAAGUCCCCAAUGCCACCAGAGCUGGUUGAUGUUGAGGCUUAAACGAUCACACAUACAAUGGACCUACAGCUGGGACACACGAUUUGAACACAGCAACUGAUAUAAUGGCGUCAAGGGACAAAACACUGAGACCCCUGGACAUGGGUGGGGGAAUAUUUGUUUGACGACCUAAAAUGGGGGCAGAAGCACACCAGCACCCCUUAUCUGUCCAACCACUCCUGAACUUCAGACUCUAUUGAAGCACCCAUCUUACUUACAUUUCAUUUCAGUCAUUUAGCAGAUGCUCUUAUCCAGAGCGAGUGCAUACAUUUUUCAUACUGGUCCCCAGUGGGAAUCGAACCCACAACCCUGGCGUUGCAAGCGCCAUGCUCUACUAACUGAGCCACACAGGACUACUUCUGAGUCCACUCUACCUACAUCCCAUUUCCCUAUGCUGCUUCCUUCACUUAAUUCCUGAUUCAAUAACAUCUAGACUGUUACGUCUACAAGUUUCAUGGUGUGACUUUUUUUUCCUACUUUUUCUCACCUGUGUACCGCUGUCCUACUUUUGCCCCAAACUCUUUUCUAUACCUCCUCCCAUACACUCUUGUUCAAAUGUUCUCGAUCAUUUCUGCUUUCUUUGAGAAUGGUGUCAUGGUGGAAAGGAUUUGUUAGUAGCCCAAGACCGAGCCUUGUUCUGCCUGCAAAGGCCCUGGUCGAAACAAUGCCAAAUCCCAUAGUAGUUUUGGUCUGUGUAUGCAAAAAUCACUUUUGAUAGUCUCCGGGUCCAUGUUGUAACAAUUGUUUUUUUGCAUUUGACCAUUUCCAAUAAAAUUUGCAAUAUAUAUGAAAGCA